AUGCCUCGACAUGGUAUGACCAAAGUGAAGACCGGCUGCAUCACCUGCAAGAUCCGCAGAGUCAAAUGCGAUGAGGCGCGUCCAGCCUGCAAUCGAUGUGUCAGUACUGGCAGGAAGUGUGAUGGCUAUGUGGCGCCGCCAGCUGGCACAUAUUCAUGGGCCCAGCUGCUCCGGAUUCGUCCUCCCCUUACCCAAGCCGCGUCCGAGCCGGAGCUACGCGCUUUGAGCUUCUUCAGGAGUGCAGUUGCACCAGUGCUUGCUGGCCCACUGGACAACUACUUUUGGACGCACUUGGUAACUCAAGUUUCCCAUCAAGAAAAAGCUGCAAGGCAUGCCGUCCUCGCCAUCAGCUCGCUUUACGAGAAAUUCAAGGAAAACCCUCUGGAUCGAAUCAGCGGCGAGAAGAAUACGUUUGCCGUCUCCAACUACAACGAAGCCAUCAAGUAUCUCAGAACGACCGAUAAUCUUGAGACCGUUCUGCUCGUCUGUCUUCUGUUUACUUGCAUCGAUAUGCUACGUGGCGAAUGCAAAGGAGCCAUCAACCACUGCCGGCAUGGCAUCAACAUUUUGAACGGAUCCAGCUCCAAGUCAAGGUUGAUUCGAGAUUUCUUGGAGCCGGCCUUCUGCCGUCUUGGAAUUUUCCCCUUCUUCUUUGGUGUAAGGCCAGAGACGUUCCCUGUCUUGGAAGCCGUAGCGAGCGUUCCGAAGGCCCCGUUUAGAAAUCUAGCCGAAGCUCAAGCCGCACUUGACCCGCUCCUCGUUAAGACGAUUCGAUUCGUGCGUUCAGCUGACGAGUACCGCCUCGGAGACGAUCCAAGCCCAAAGCCAAGCAAAACAACCUUGAGUCAACGACAAGAUAUAUACGCAGAACUAGAUAGCUGGCACGCCGCGCUUCGCAACUUAUUGAAAUACAAGACGAAGAGCAGUAAGGAAACCGUCGCCGCAAAUGAAUCAAUGGUUGAAAAACUGUUGGAGGUGAAAUGGCUUGUUGGAAAGAUCUGGAUCGAAACUUGUCUGUCACGCGGAGAAGCCAUAUUCGAUCUGCAACUGGAUAAAUUUCAAAGGAUAAUCGAUCUUUCGUAUGAAGCCGACAACUUACUGAAAUCCUCGAAGCAAAACCAGCCACGCGCCAAGUUCACAUUUGAUAUGGGGUUUGGCCCACUGCUGGGCUUUGUCAUCAUCAAAUGCCGAUGCCUUAGACUACGACUCGACGCGCUACAGCUCGUACAAACGCUGUCACAUGAGCGGGAAACGCUAUGGGACAACAGUUCCGUACUUUCAUUUGGACGCCGGAUGAUCGAACUCGAGCACGACUUGCAAUUGACGCCAGGUGGCAGUUUAGACGAUGUAUUUGACGACGGAACGCUUCCUGAAGAGGGAAAACGCAUCAAAGACUCGGCUAUGCAGGACAAGACGAGGUUUGAAGUAGGGAAAGAUGGCAGUGUCACGAUCUGGAGGCAAAUCUCCCUCCUGAUGAGGGAACCUGGGGGCCCAAUCACGGUCAAGGACGACUGGUUUUCAGUCCAGAUGAGGCGCAAGACCUAA